AGUUCUAGAGCACCGAUCAUAUGGCUACAACUGGCUGCAGCAGAGUCGAGCGCAGGCUGAUAAGCGGGAUGGCUUCAUGUCUUACAUAAAACAGCUGUCCAAGGAUAAGAUCACACUCUUCAGUCAGGGUGGCAGCAAAGAUGACAAGUUACCCAUAGAGUACUGUUUGAAGCCCACGGAAUACCUGCCAUCGUUCCGCAAGGGAUCCAAUAACUGGGCUCUGUCAGCCCAGUAUGUCAAUGGCAGACAUUUUCUUACGGCGUUUGAACUUAACGAAGGCACAUUGAUAUUGGAAAGCCCAGAGGAAGAAUCGCCAUCAAGAACACUCAGACCCUGUGUUAAGAAGGAUGGCCAGUAUAUGUUAGGGCUUUGGUCGCAGCGACUGAUAUUUCUGCUGAGGAAAAAUGAGCUGGAAGUUCACAGUGCCAACUUUUCUGUCGUGCAAGGCGAAGCUCUUCUAGGCACCAAAAGGGACUUCACAGAGCUAUGGGCAGCGGAGCUCAUAGGCGACGUUCGUGGCGCUCACAUAAUGUCUUCCAAAGAGCCGUCAAAUGCGACCGGCGGAUGGAAGGAACCGACUUUUAUGUGCGACCUGCAACUGCCACGGUUCGCGCUCGAUGGGUGCCUUGUGGUCACAACUCGCGGGGUCUAUAUACUGAACACUGUGUCUGAACCGUGCGAAUGGCUAGUCGGUGUGAUAAUGCGCGGCGGCGGCGGCGCCGAACAACGCGCGGCGGCGCUCGGCGCUCCCGUGCCAACUUUACUGCGCGCCUCCGCCGACAUGUUGUUAUCGCGUGGCAAAAUCGCGCCCGCUAUGUACCUGUUCUCACUGUCACAGAGUCAGCCAGAUGGAUGGGUAGCUAGACUUGGAGUGUUCGGACGACUUCAUGAACUGUCGAUGUAUAAACACACCGGUCACGCAGCGCUCGGCGCGCCGGCCAUCGCCAUUAAAAUGUUAGCCCUGCUGCUCAAGAUGGGAACCAAUGAGGAGGAAACGUUUGAUAUGGACGCAAAGUUCACAACGCUGCCACCAGUCGAACUAACCGAACUCACGUCAAUCGCCGCUGCCAUCGGUCUCUGGGAUCUGGUCCCAGUGUUCAGCACACAUUGCGGUCACCCCGCCCUCAUAUUAAACGCACUGAAAUCGAGGAAACUCUGCCGCAGCGCGAUUAACUGUCUACUCCAACAGUUAUACAUUGUGCCGCUGCUUUUGGAGGAAAAUGCUCAGUGGCUGUUUGAUUUUAUAGCGGAGAAAUGUGACAGCUUUGACACGAAAAUACUCAAGUGCUUCUGUUUGUGGCUGAACCCAAUGCAAGAACAAUUACGACCUGUUAUGCGAGAUCUGAAUCAGGGAAUAUCUUCAGUUUACACAACAAGAAUGCUGCAGUUAAUAUCGACGUUUAUGAGAGUAGCGAGUACUCUGGAAGCCCAUGGCCCGUGCCCCGACAUCCACCUCGAAUUGAGUCCGACCUCCGAAACUUGGAAGAAUCAGUUCGUACCCCGGAGGGCACUCAGCUGCGGCCUAGGACACUGGGCGCUAACAGACGACGGGAACGCCAAAGUAAUGAUGACAGAAACGCUGGUCAAUACGGAUGUUAUUGGCAGGGUCGUCGACGUGGCCUGUGGAAGACAUCAUACGCUGAUAUUGACUGAAAAUGGGAUAUACGCAGCAGGCGACAACACCUACGGACAGUUAGGUGUCGGUGCGGCGUGGCCCGGCGCGGCAGGCGACUCGGCAACCGCACGCGGCACUCUAAUGAGAGCGCGACAUGACAACAGUACACCCGUUACUGCUGUGUCCGCUGGGCACUACCACUCGGCUGCGGUCGACCAGGGUGGUCGGUUGUAUACCUGGGGGUGGGGCGUGCACGGUCAACUUGGCCUUGGCACAAUAGAUGACAAAUGGACUCCACAGCUGGUCACUAAAUUCCAGGGCAGAAAGGUACUACGAGUUGGUUGCGGCGCAUGUCACACUUAG